AUGCAAAGAUAUAUAGUAGCUAGUCAAAUAAAUGUUGCACCUAGUGUGGGUCAGGUUGCUGGAAGAGAAGAGGCAUUUGGAUUGGUAAUAUUAUGUCUUGCAAGCCCUGCAUUGAAUUGGUAUAAUAUCUGCAUUAAGGGUGUAGCUACUUUAACUGCUGUUCAAGCAAUUGGUACUAGAAAUGGUGGUAAUCAGAUUGGUGGUUUGAAUACUGCAGGAGAAUUUUGUAACAAAGCUAGAGCUGAAAUUGGUAGAAUUAGAGCAGGUGUUACAACUGAUGCUAAUAUCAUUCUGAAUAGAACAUGGAAUAAAGACUGGUCUAUAGCCGGUGGUAAACCUACAGAUAAUGCACCAGUUGCACCAAAUGCUGGCGGAGGUUUUCUUGCUAUUACAAUUGCUCCUGGUAUUAAGCUUAGGCAACUCCUUUAUCUAUUUAGUACUUCUUAUAUGAUGGUUGAACACUUAAAACAAAUGGCAGUUUUUGGUCAACUUAUGCAAAGAGAUAUGAGUGUUGAAGAGUUCUCCACUCGAAUCAAAAAGGAAAAUAUCACAAGAGCCUUAGCUAAAGCAGAAAAAUUUACACUUUCUCAAAGAAAUGCACCAUCUUCUCUUCCUGCUUUUCUGGUAGCCAACCCCUACAUAGACACUAACAAAUCGGGAAUGACUAAAACUGAAAUCGUAGAUUUGAUAAAAACCGCAAUGGCAUCUUCAGAGUCUCAAACGACUCAACAAAAUGCUGAUUUGCAGUCUACUAUUAAAUCCUUGCAAGAGACUAUGUCUCAAGUGACUAAAACUCUAGAUAAUAGUAAAAAAUCAUCUAAGAAGAGAGCAAAAGAUACUGCCAUUAAUUGCUUUUUGAGUAACUUACUAAGAAAAAAUCCAGUUAAACACUCUGUUGAUGAAUAUGAUUAUGAUCCUAUAGAAGAUAUUUCAGAUAGUUUAGCAAGAUUAACAUUAAAUAGUGUCAUAAAAACUGCUGUCACAAAUGCUCCAUCUGUGGAAGAUCUGGACAUAAUUCCUGAAACUGCCUUUGAAAGAAGAAAAAGAGAAGUAAAAAAGUCUAAAAAGAGUAAGGUUAAUAUCAAUACCGUAGAUUUAAAUUUGGAUUCAGGUACUUCUUCAGAUACUUUUAGUAAUAGUUCUGACUUUGAUACAAGUUCAGAGAAUUCCUCCGAUUCUGAAGAGGAAACUAUUCGUAAAGUCCUCCAAAGUGAACUUAAAUUAAUUUUUCCUGAUCAUUUCUCCCAAGACUCUAUUAAAGCUAAUAUACCGAAUCAAGUUGUAUCACUAGAUCCAGAUAAGAAAGAAGAUUUGGAUGGUCUGAUAGAGAUUGAUUUUGUUAAGAAAAAGGAGCAAAAAACAAGUGUUGCUACUAUAAAGUGUAAAAUCAAAUGUUUAAAGAUUUCUGUCAUGACAGUCAACUCUGGAGCUGAACCUCUCAUUAUAACAGAAAAUAUCGUUAAAUGUGUAGGAGCUAAAAUUGAUAAAUCUGAAACACAUAAUCUUAGUGGUAUUGCCACUGUUCUGGUUGAAUCUGUUGGGGUUGUUCACAAAUUACCUAUUACUCUAGCCCUAGGCUGUACUAUCCAUGAAGAUUUUAUUGUUGUGAAAUAUCAGAAGCUGAUGUUAAUAUUUUCAAAUCAGCUUUUGAAAAAAUACAAUUCCACAUUGGAUUGGAAAACCAAUGAGCUAAAAAUUUCUUUUAAUGAAAAAAAUUAUAUUAUCCCAGUCACUAUGCAUAAGGUUAAAAACAAGCUUGAGAUAAAUUGCACAAACAUAACUCCAGAUUGUGAUGAUUUCUCGACUUUGAAUAACAUAUCACAGGACUCACAGGGGUUAAGUGAGUAUGACGAUCUUCUUCUGCUUCGAUAUGAUUUUUUUCAAUUGAAGCAAUUAGAUCAUAUGAGAUGUUUAGUGAGGAAUUUUGGCAGGAGCUUUUGGUUGAAAUCUCAGAGGGACCCACCUGGCUCAAUGAACUCAGAAAAUGAAGGGGUCCUAGACGAACUAGAUAAUUUACUUGGGUUAUUUUCUGAAGGAGGGACUGAUGAGACGGAUUCUGAAUGUCAUGCAAAAUCAGAGAAAGUAAAAUCGCUUCAAUCUGUGAUUAAUUUAUUACCUCUGGAAUACUUUGAUAAGAAUAAUCAGCCAGAUGGUCCUAAGAGGACCGAUUCAUAUAUAAAAAGUAGUAGCAAAAAAAAUAAUGAGCCAGAGAGCUCUAGCACUUCUUCAGAACAAAUCAUACCCACUACUAUUUCUAAAGAAAAAAUUUCAUUAGGUAGUAUGAGGAACUCUAUUGAUAUAGACAAAUUACUAUCAUCGAAUUUGGAGAGCAUCAUGCCAAAAGAAAAAGUCAAAUAUCCCAUCCACCAAAAAUAUAUAAAUAGAGAAGAGGCUAAUAUCAUUUUUAGUAAAUCUUUGAGCGGGUUUAUUAAAACUUUUUCUACCUAA